AUGGUAACAAAGGUCAAGGAAGGACCGGAAAGAAAAGAAAAAGAAAAGUGGUUCAACGAGGAGUGUAAAAAGAGAAGGAAAGAGGUAUGGGACAAACUGAAAAAAUUCAUAAAAAACAGGAGCAAAGAAAACAAGAGAGAGCUUAAAGAAAGUAGGAAAGAAUAUAAAAAUACAAUGAAAGGAUGCAAAGAAAAGUGGGUAGAAGAAAUGUGUAAGGAUAUUAGUAGAGCCAAAGACAUGAGCAAGUGGUGGGAAGCCAUCAAUAGAUUUAGAGGAAAGAAGAGGAAGCAUAAAAAAAAUAAAAUAUCGGAGGAAAGAUGGGAAACUCACUUUGACAAACUAUUGAAUGGGGAAGAAAAAGAGAAACAAAAAGAGGAAGAAGAAGAAGAAAAUAACCAAGUGGAGGAAGAGAGAAAUGAAGAAAAGAAAACAAAGAUAUUAAUAUGUAGGAAUGGAGGAAGAAAGAAAAAAGAAAAAAAAUGGACAUAUGAAGGGGAAGAAAUAGAAGUAAAAGAGGUGAAAUAUGUAGGAUACUGGUUUACGGUGAAAAAUAGUGCAGCAAAGCAACAAAUGGAGAUGGCGAGGAAAGCACAAAAAGCAACGAACGCGGUAUGUGGUAUAAUAAAGAGAAGCAAAAGAAACAGUAUAAGGGACAGGAUGUAUCUGAUGAACACGGUGGCGAAAUCUGUAGCUAUGUAUGGAGUAGAAGUGUGGGGGUGGGAAAAAUCGGAGGAGAUUAGGAGAGUGCAUAGAAGGCUGUGCAAGAUGGCUUUAGGAGUGAGUAGGGACACACCAGGGUACAUAUGGAGGGAAGAAAUGGGAGUAGAGGAUAUAGAAAUAACACUAAAAGAGAGAGCAGUACGAUAUAUAAAGGACGUGUUAAAAAUGGACAGAGAAAGAUGGCCGUGGAUUAUUAUGAAAGAAGAAAUGAGAGGUAUACUAAACGGAAGAGCAACAAAAUGGGGUAAAGAAGUGAAAAAAAUAUUAGAAAAAAUGGGUUGUGAGGAAGUAGUCAGGAUGAUAUAUAAAGAGCAGGAAAUAGAAGAAAUAGAAACA